GAAGCGUUGAACUAGCAUCUCCUUUAGCGUAAUGCUAAACACAUCGCAAUUUUUGUUGCCGUAGUAAAAUUUGUAAGGAGGAGUUACGAAACCACGUGGUGAAGGAAUGUAACUAAUUUGGACCAAAAAGGGAACACAAUUCAAGGCAUUUUGUAUUGUGCAUCGAUUUCUGGAUUUUCAUCGAUUGUCAUUGGCAUACAGCAUUACAUCAUUCGCAGUCUAUUCAUCCAUUCAUUGGGUACUCUAUGCACUGAUGCAAGAUUGGAGUUUGACCCAGUAAAUAGACAUUUCUACCAGGCUGGCCCAACGUGCGCUUUACUACAGAACAAACAUUCGCACUGCACAAGGCACAAGCCAACCAGACAUAUCAAGGGACUCAGCAACAAUCAGCAAGACUUGGCAGGCUCAUAUCUAAUUGCUUUGUGAGGAAGGUUUAGGAGUGAAAGUGGUAAAGCACACUGGAGGUGUGCUAGGUUAGGUCUUCAGUGGGAUUGUCAAUAUUUGACUUGGGCGACGCUCUGGAGAGAUUGUGCUGUAAAUCGAGGAAAUCUUCCGCCGACAUGGCUCAGCUUCGCUAUGCCAAGGCGGUUGCGUGUGGCACCGCUCUAACGGCUGCGGGACUGGCUGGAUACUACCUCUACACCCGUAACAACCUCAAGAAAGCUAAGAUGAAGGAAAAGGUUGAGGAGGGAGACAUAGUAGGAGAGGAGAAUGUUGGCAGUGGAACGCAAGCUAUUGAAGCACGUUUACAGCAGGAGGCUAAACAGGAGCUCAACAUGGCCAAUGCGGGUCAUGAAGCCAACGCUAAGAAAUGUGACAGCAAAAAUGUUGGUUCAUGUACAAACGGAUGCCCACCAGACAUUGAAGCAAUUGAGAAGGUGCUAGAAAAACUAAGUGCUGAAGAUGCACAGAACACAAGAAAUGAAAAUGAGAAUGUAGUAAAUAAAGAAAGACAAAUUGAAGAGACGAUAACAAAUGUUGUUGAUGAUUUUAUGAUGGAGUGUAGCAUGGACACAAACGCUUCAUCAGGGUCCUCUCUCAAUGCAUCUAAUGAACACAUUAUGGAGGACCUUCAAGCUCUGGAGGAAAGCAUCCCAAAUCCCAUCCACGAAAUCACAGCCUCCACCCAGCCACAGCCCAUUCAGGAAGCAAUAGUUCCAACCAAAAGACAAUCCUGUGAAUCCAUGCGCCCACCCCUAGACAACGUAAAUCGUAAGACCUCAUCGAUAACAAACGGCAAUGUGCUAGACAAUCAGACAUCAACGAGAGCGUCGACGACCAAUUCAAAGUCUGGAAGGAAGGCUAAGCAUGUGAAUAAUGCUCCUGUAUACAAUGGGAAGGGGUCCAUUGCUAGUGGUAAGAAAGGAGGUAACAAGAAGGGCAAUGACCUAUCCAAGCUCCAGACUGUUGAUUGGGCUUCCUCUGUACUCCUGGAUGAGAAGGCACAUAGCUCCAAUGGCACGUCUCUUGGAAACAAUGAAAGUAACUCCACUGGAUAUGACGUAAGCUCUGAGGUGAACAGCGAGGGUUCAUCGAUAGACAGUGGUCAUGGCUCAAGAGACUCUGGGGCUAGUGCUAGCCCUGCUGCUAUCACUCAAGCAUCGGCAAUGAAGGAAGGACCAGUCAUGUAUCAGUUUGAAUUCCCUUCAAAGCUAUGUGGUAGACUCAUAGGAAAGUCGGGAAAGAACAUUCGUGAGUUGAAGGAUAAGACAGGAGCCAAGGUCAUACUGAAGAAUGUCCCAUACAGUACCAGCCAUCAGAUCUGUGUUGUAGAAGGCUUGAGAGGGGAGGUUGAUGGAGCCCUGGCGUAUAUCAAGAAGAAGUUCCCUAGUGUGGACCUUAGCAGACGAGCCAAUACACAGCAGCAAAAGAAGAAUAAAUCACCAGACAUGACACAGCUUCACUUACCAGAAGAGACGCCUAACAGUAUCCUGAUUUCCAGUGUUGUUUCUGGAGGCCAUAUCUUCAUUCAGCAACCCGUACACCAGACCUAUCAAGGUCUUAAUGUUCAGGACAACCUCAUGACACAGAUCUACCAGCAAGCUGAUAUGACUCCACAGCUCCCAAGACCCAUUGAGAAUGGUGUAAUCUGUGCAGCACCUGUGAUGGACGGCUGGUAUCGAGCCCAGGUCGUUGAGGUCACUCAUGAAACCGAUGAGGUGGAUGUGCGAUUCCUAGACUAUGGAGGCUACGCCAGGGUAGAGGCCUAUGCCCUGAGACAGAUCAGAUCAGACUUCCUGGGGCUUCCCUUCCAGGCUACAGAAUGCUACAUGAGUAACAUUGCUCCUCUCCCAGGUGAUGCUGACUUCAGUGAGUCCUGUAGGAUCUUCAUUGAGCAGCUAGCUCAGAGUAUUGGUGUAAUGCAAGCAACCAUCUCGGGAUACUCUGUAGAUGGUAUCCCAUUCAUUGAAAUCUUCUUUAUUGACAGCUUUGGCAAGUCGCAGUCACUGAACAAAGAAUUGGUGAACCAGGGUCUUGUAUCUUGGUAUGAAGGUACAGAGGCAGCGGAACCCAGCCCGGAUGCAGUAACAAAUGGCGCCCUCUAUAGCAUGGAGACAUUGGUCAGACCGAGCUAGGAUUGGAGGGGUUGUGUGAUUAGAAAGGACAUUUUGAAGGUUAAAGCAAAAGUCAGAGACAUGAGGAAGAGAAGGAUAAAUGAUGAUGGUUAGGUUGGAAUCCUGUCUGUUUUUAGAUUUUUUUUUAAUUUUGAGUUUUGAAGGAUAUUAAGGCUUGUAAAUGCUGGAGGAAGAUGAAUGGAAUGGAUGGAGACACAGUUGAUGAGGUGAUGACCAUAUGUUUCCCAUAGCAACAGACUGGAGCCAGACUCCAUUGAUAAGAUGAACCGAAGGAUGAUGUUUGUACUUGUAGAUGACAAGCUAUUCAUCCCUUUGUAUCACACACACACUACUUUUGCUUUGGAAUGCAUUAUGCAUAAUAAUUGGUCGUUAAGGUUCUACCUUGGUUUAAAUGUCCAUUUUUAGUUUGUGUCUGAUCUGAAAAAGGUAAGAGGAAGAAAAUAAUAUGAAUAUCAUUGAUGGUGAGGUUAUCUUUCACCCCCAUUAUAUCAUUUGUUUGUCUAAGACUGAUGUCUGGCUACUGAUAGGGAUCCUCUUCUUCCUUGUAUUGUUUACAGCUACACAGGUCAAUUUUUUCAGAUGGUGAAUGGAAUUAAAAUAAGCAGAAGAAGAGAGAGAGGGUGAGGCUGGAUGGGAGAAGGGGACUGAAGAUGUUUUGAGGACCUGUUAUGCCUUAGAUGGUAAGGCCUCGUUCAGAUUAUGAAGCAGCAAAACCGCAGCAAGUUUGAUAUGAUGACGUAAAGUCUAAUAUGCAUAAGAUUUCUGUAUCUUAUAUCUCAAAACGUGCAGGACCGCUAUUGCAUUUAGCUGCUAUUUAGGUACGUCACAAAAAACAUGGCUUUUGUGCGGCGGAUUACCGCUUAUAUCAGAAGGAGCAUUUAGGCAGGAUGAAGAUACCCUCAACAAUGAUCUGUGAGAUUGCAUGGUUUGAUACUGGGUUGAGUUUGUUGUUAGAUCAGAAAUGACGGCUCCAGACCAUGCUUAUUUCUACAAAUAUAAAUGACUAUUUUAUCAAGGACUAUAUUAUCAAUAAUCUUCCAAGGACUUCAUAUAUAUCACUGCCCACUAGUGUACCAAAGACAGAUAUUGUCUAUAAUUCAAGUGCCAAUGUACUAUUAUGAGUUCAUAUCAUCUCUUGAGAGCCUGAAGCAUGUUCAAACCCCUUCUGGCUCCUAACAGACAAUAUAUUACACAUCUAAUGUGCUGUUGAGAGUGACACAUUACAGUACAGGUCAAAUGAGAUUCACCUGCUGUUACAGACUGACACUCAUUUGUGCCAUGAGAUAUAUCUUCAAUAAUACUCUUCUCUUCCUUGAUGUGCAUUAUAAAUGUGCACUGCUUGUAUUCUCGUCAGCCAUCAGCAUUUUGGUAUGUAGCUUAUCAUAGAUAGUAUUAUAAACUGGGCAUACUUUGUAGAGAUGAUUUCCAGUCUGCAUAGAAGUUCUGUCUUCUGAUAUUAGCAAACAACUGGAGAAGGGAAGGAAUUGAUACUUGGUCAUGUAAGAGAUAUGCAAAAGGAAUUGGUUUGUUUUUAACAUCCACAAAAAUGCCCAUCGAUCACUUCGCUAUUACCGGUAGACAAUUUCUAUGAUGCUAUGCAAAGGUUGGCUGUAUGAUGGGCAGACAAUUCAUACUUCUUACUGGCAUUGUCAAUUAUAAACUAAUUUGCUCAAACAUGAUAUAUCAUUUAUCCCUUAUCAUCUUACAAAAGUUACCCCCUUCUGCCUCUAUGCAGACUAUAUUUCAAACUGGAUGAUUAGUGCCUCUUUUGAUGGUAUGGUGACGUUUAUGACUGAGAAACAUUUUCAAAGUUACUGAGUUACAUGUGACCUUAGGAAAAACUCAUCACCAUUUCUGUGUCAAAUUCAUAACAGUUACUUACCUGAAGUCAUUACAUUACAAGUUCCUAUUGUGGUAUUCACUCUUAGCUGAUGUUUAACAAGGGAUUAUAAAACUAACUUAUAUCUGAAGACACUGUGUGACUUUCAGUAUUUUAUCCCAACUGUAUCCUUGAAACAUGGUAUAAAACUCAUGACAAAGCUUGAUUGAAUGUGCUUUCAAGAGUACGGCUUUGCAUCGAGUAUUAACAUUGUGCUGGACAAGAGAUCAGAAAGUUGUAAUAGCUUGAUACUUGUGUCCAAAUUCACGUUCAUUCUCUUAUUUGUCCUGUGUUUAUGCAUGAAAAGCACAACAGUUCAUUUGAUUUCCUACUUGUACAUGGGAUCAUAUGAGCAAGACAUCUUCAUUAAUCACUCAUUGCAUGGGCAAUUUAGAAAUAUAAAUAUAUAUUUUAGGGAGACUGUAAUUCCAAACUUGAUUUGUGCCAAGGAGGAAUUUGAAAUGUAGUUUUAUGGUUAGUUACCAUUCUUGUGAGCAUCCCCGCUUUUUUUUUUAGGUGAAUGGAUGCAAACUAGCAUUUACAGCAUUCGCAUACAUUUAUACAUACCGUACUUCUGAUAGUUGGGUCAUUUCGUUUACUCAAUGUGCUUUUCUUUGGAUUUUGUCACAAUAUCACUCAAUCUAUACAGAAGUUUGUCUUUUUGCUAUUUUUGCAAAUUGAGUUAGCAUAUUGACACAAAGCAAAGUUUCUAGAGAUGUGUAUAUCCAUAGAAAAGGAUGAAUAGUUGGAAACAUUGAUGGAAAAUUUCAUGUCAUCCCUUAGGAUUCUUGGCAUUGGAGUUGCAGUACCAGUAUUCAGUAUUCAAAAUUAAAAACAAAAACAAACCAAAAGGGUAAAUAUAGAGAUGCUCUUUAAAUUGGCUGCUAUUAUUCACCAAAUUACAUCAUAGAAAAUGAGCAAGAAUAUAAUAAAAGAAAGUCGCUAUGUAGGACAAUGUAGUGGAGAAAAUUGUAUCUAAACUGUCUGGUCUGUAUAAUACUUGAUGGUGCAGUGACACCUAGCAGUUAUUAAUGAAAAGUUGGUAGGAGAUAGACCCAGAAGCUGUCAGGAGUAUGCAUUAUUUACCAAAGCAAAAGACAAACGUUGGGUUGCAGUGUAUGAUAUCGAUAUUACCGAUAUGUAUUUGUCAUCGAAUGGUUUAUGAUAGUCAUUGAGUGUGUUUGUUUUAUUGGAUUAUGUUUUCAACAAGCAAUUUUUAAGUUGUGUUGAAAACGAAUGGUUGGUACAAGGGAACAAUAUAUAUAUUUUUGAGUUUUGAGAAAAUACUGGUAGUUGUAUUGUGUACAUGAAGAGUCAUUGAAAAGAGUUUGCAGAGAUAAUGAGGAUUGAAGUUGAUAUUCUUUUGCAUUUACUUUGUAAAAUCUUCUUGUAGUGAUGGGAUUGAGAAUGAUGUAUAUUAGAACAUUUGUGAUUGGAGUAUAGAGCAAAGAGGAGAUGAAAUAUGGUGAAUUUGCAUGUUAUUGGAACUAACAUUGUGAAUGUAGAUGAAGAAGUUUGUUCUAAAUCAGGUUGAUUUUUGUGUGAUCUAUGUAGAAAGUCAUUCAGUUUUUCUUUCUUUCUUUUGUAGAUUGGAAUAGCUUGGUAUUGGUUGUAUCAUCAAGGAAAAGAUGGGGUGCAGUUUAUACUUUUAUAAUGUUUUAUUUUCGUUUCAGUUUUGGGAGUAGCCAACAGAUAUGCGCACUUGAGUGCACUGUGACUGAGUGGGUUUGCAAAGAUCUUUGUAAAACGGUCUUACUAAUGAAUGCUCUGAAAGUAGUGAUUUCAUGAACUUUUGUCUACUUUGCUUUACCUCAAAUACUGUUUAAAGAAAACUUGGGUUUGAGAUGUAAUGUUUUGCUUAAACUAGCUGACAGUAUCUGUUGCAUU